AGUGAUGAUAUCACCAAAGUGUCCCAAGCUGCUAAAAUUGUGGAGCGAAUGGUCAACCAAAAUACAUAUGAUGAUGUUGCUCAAGAUUUUAAAUACUAUGAGGAUGCUGCUGAUGAAUACAGGGACCAGGAGGGUACGCUGCUGCCUCUCUGGAAGUUUCAAAAUGACAAAGCCAAGCGCCUGGCCGUCACCGCCCUCUGCUGGAAUCCAAAGUACAAGGAUCUCUUUGCAGUGGGACACGGCUCCUAUGACUUCAUGAAGCAGAGUCGGGGCAUGCUGCUGCUCUACAGCAUGAAGAACCCCAGCUUUCCAGAGUACAUCUUCAGCAGCGAGAGUGGUAUCAUGUGUCUGGACAUGCAUGUGGACCACCCCUACCUGGUGGUCGUUGGCUACUAUGAUGGCAACGUGGCCAUUUACAACCUCAAGAAGCCUCAUUCGCAGCCCUGCUUCCGCAGCACCUCCAAGUCUGGCAAGCACACGGACCCUGUAUGGCAGGUCAAGUGGCAGAAGGAUGACAUGGACCACAACCUUAACUUCUUUUCUGUGUCGUCUGAUGGCAGGAUUGUGUCAUGGACUCUCGUAAAGAGUGAGCUGGUUCAUAUAGAAGUCAUCAAGCUGAAGGUGGAAGGCAGCACUACAGAAAUCCCUGAGGGGUUGCAGCUGCACACUGUAGGCUGUGGCACUGCCUUUGACUUCCACAAAGAGAUCGACUACCUGUUCCUGGUGGGCACAGAGGAGGGGAAAAUCUAUAAGUGCUCUAAAUCCUACUCCAGCCAAUUCUUGGACACCUAUGAUGCUCACAACAUGGCAGUGGACGCUGUGCUAUGGAACCCAUACCACACCAAGGUCUUCAUAUCCUGCAGCUCUGACUGGACAGUGAAGAUCUGGGACCACACCGUCAAGACCCCCAUGUUCAUUUAUGAUCUGAACGCAGCCGUGGGUGAUGUGGCCUGGGCACCGUAUUCUUCCACUGUGUUUGCAGCGGUCACCACAGAUGGGAAGGCCCAUGUGUUUGACUUAGCUGUCAACAAGUAUGAGGCUAUCUGCAACCAGCCUGUGGUGGCCAAGAAGAAGAACAAGAUCACCCACGUGCAGUUCAAUCCCAUCCACCCCAUCAUAAUUGUGGGUGAUGACCGUGGGCACAUCACCUGCCUCAAGCUCUCUCCCAACUUGCGAAAGAUGCCGAAGGAAAAGAAGGGACAGGAAGUGCAGAAAGGUCCAGCUGUGGAGAUCGCAAAACUGGACAAACUGCUAAACCUCGUGAGGGAAGUAAAAACCAAAUUUUGA